CCCACCGUUACAGGAUCACAAUGAGACUGUGGGUUCUCUCCUGCUUGGUUGCAGCAGCUGCCGCCAGUCCCUUGGAUAGAAAGCCCGAAGAUGUAAAACUAUUUUUCUACGAAAAUUAUAAUCCCGGCGGCAACAAGGGUUUUCGCACUAUUUAUGAGCAGAGCGAUGGUACAAUCGUCCAGGCUCAAGGCGAUCUAGUCAAAGUGGUCAACGACGGUAAAGAGGUGGAGACCUUGGUCAUCAAUGGAAGCUACUCCUUCUACAUCGACGGCGUGAAAUACACAGUGCGUUACACGGCCGACCAGAAUGGAUACCAGCCUACGAUUAUAACAGGAACCGAGAAGCCACUUGGCGCUGCUAUACCAGGUCCAAUACUCGCUAGCAUACUGGGUGCUGGGUAA